AUGAAGAAUCGGAAUCGACCAUUACCGAGUGCGACCAGGAGGCUGAGUCGCUUGCGUGGGGCUGCAGCAACAGCCCUUCAGAGCUGGAAUGUGAACCUCGGUAAAGUCUCUAAGUUUCAGGCUUUUAGCCUUCGGAUCGCAAUGUCUGCCUGUCCAUGCUGGACAGGUUUCACAAGCGGUGAGGACGGACAGCAAGACUGGCUUCAGCUGGAACGAAUGACAGGAGCACACGCCUCAGUGGCUUGCGUUUUGGAUAAGGAUGGGGACUGGUGCCCUUCCUGGAAAGCACACGCCUCUGGAGGCCACGCAAACAUCAGCCACUCUCUCUCUUCCUUUGCUUCUACAGACGGAUACAGCAAUGGGCAUGAGCCUAUUGUUCUUAUAAAUUCUGAAAAGGCAGUUGUGAAAAUAAUAAUCAUAAAAACAAUUUUAAAAGAGUCUGGGCCUUUUAGCGAAAGCAACACAAGUUGGCAGCCACCACAGGCGCAGACAAUUUACGAAAACCAAAUAUACAGCCUUAAAAUAGAACAUGGCCCUAAAGACCCCGAAGCACCCCCGUUUGUAAGAGGCGUGACAAAAAUUAAUACGAGCGGAGUUAAUAGUUCUAAGGGAGGGGUGGACCCUAGAGCGGUAUCCGUGCCAGCAACUUGGCAGCAUCCACACAGCAUCCAAGCUGUUCCGCAAGAGCUUAGACACCUAACGAUGUCUAAAGAAAAUAUGAAACUCCCUCGGCCGCCUCAACGACAGUGUUACAGCAAUUAA